AUGGACUCGACGAAGAUACCCAUCACAGCGCCGCCUGGCAAGGACAUCAUCUAUGACCCUCUUCACAUCAAUGAAAAUACAACUCUCCCCCGGUCUGAGGAAUUUGAUUUGCGGAAGCCCCACGGGGGCCCCGGAAAUGAGCUUCUCGUCUGGCCCUUCCCCGGGCCACUGAGCAACAUACGAGUGUUGGAUCCUACGGCAUCUCCUAAGGAGACCUAUGCGAAGAGGCAACCAUUUGUCUUUCCUGGCGCCGAUGGAGCCUCGCAAACCUUUCACCCAAUCGCCUCAAUGCCCGCAUGCUACCCCCUCGUUUCUCGCCUCACUGUCGAGGUCGAUCACCUGAAAGAAUUUGAGUCUGUGUGCCACAGAAUCUCCGAACAGCACGAGUUCGAGCUAGACGACGACGGAAACGAGGUCAGCGAAUAUUGCAUCGACGAAGAAUGUCAAGACGACCCCUGGCGAUAUUAUCAAAAUCCGCCAAAGCUAUGUGUCGACGCCAAGCAGAGACCGUUCGUCACGUUGGGUGAGCUGGCAGUGGCCGUUCACGAAUGGCUUCAUACACUUCAUGGGGUCAGCAAUGGCCGCCAUUCAUACGGCGAGACACAAUGUUCUGGGUCGACGGGUGCGCGGCGAGUGGGUACGUGA